GGGAUUUGGAUUAUUGGGCUUGAGGGGUUGAAGUGGGUUCGGGUAAGGCUUCGGUUUGGGCUGCGGGUUGGGCGUCGGGUUUUGGGGUUCGGAAUCCUUUAGCUUGCAUCUAUCCAGAGAAUGGCCUUGCCGCCAGCAGUAAUCACAAUAAUAUGGAACUUUCUCGUACGCUACCGGCUGAACAAAACCACAAUCCUCUUCACCCACAACUUCCGAAGUGCCCACAAAAAUUUCCUUAGGCCGAGGCAUAAGCAAGUCCAUUUCUACACAGACCCGAGCCACAUGUGGCUUUGCCUUGGCCAAGGUGACGCUAUCCACACCCAGCAACUUUCCAAUGGGUUUACAGAUCAAGGACAACGCAUGAAAAUUGAACAUAUGCAGAGGGAGACCAUAAAAAGAAAUCCAAACAGGUGACAGUGAGGUCUCAAACUCCGGAUCAAAAUCAGGUGUCCAUCGGAAUAAACGCAUAGGAUGUAACCCAUUGAAAAUAAUUGUGCCUUCAAGUAACAUAUUUGUGCAAUCGUGGGAGUUGGAGAACAUAAUAAAAACAUGCUUCGAAUCCCGCCAUCCAACAGAAACAGUUCCACAAAAGACGUAAUGAGUAGAAAAAUAGUGCUUAAUUACCUCCAGUUUGGGUUGCCCGUGAGAGAAUUUGCCAACCAAAAUAUAUUUGUCAAUGAGAGCUAGUUGGCUGACCUCUGAUUG